CGCUUGGAUUGACCAAUCAGAGACUCGAUCUUUUUAAAGGUUCAAAUGAAAAUUAAACUCAUUUGUUUUUGUUUAUCUCUCUUUACAUUUCCAAUACUUUUAAUCUAAUUAAGUGUUUUCUUUCGUUAAUUAGCGAUCAAUUUUUAUCACCAUGAAUGAUCUGAAAGAUAAUCCAUUGUAUAUUUCUUGGCACGAUUCUGCUUGGAUUCCACAUAUCAACCAAGCAACGGUUCUUGAUUACUUUGGAGAAAGAAGUAAUCCUUUCUAUGACCGUACUUGUAACAAUGAACUUCUUAGAAUGCAAAAGGCCAGUUUGGAUCAAUUAGAGAAUAUGACUGGAACUGAAUAUAUCUUGUUACACGUACAAGAACCAAUUUUAUAUGUGAUAAGGAAACAGCAUAGACAUUCAAAGGAUCAAGUUACUCCAUUAACCGAUUAUUAUGUUCUCGCUGGUUAUGUUUAUCAAGCUCCAGACUUGAAUUCUGUUAUUAACUUUAGACUGACCACUGCUCUUCAUCAUUUAUCUCAAGCAUUUGAAGAGGUUCAUUCUUAUGCCAAGUAUCAUCCAUCUAAAGGAUAUUCAUGGGAUUUUGAAAAAGAUUCCAAAACAAAAGAGAAAACAAGAGAAACUGAUAAAGAAGCAGAAAAAGCGAAAGAAGAACCCAGUUCAUUAUUCCAAAGAGGUAGAGUCGAUUUACUGAUUCACGAAUUGAUGAGAAAAUUUCCUCCACCACAACCGAAAAAGUGAAUCAAUUCAAUUCUGUAACAUUAAUCUUUUCUUAUUUAUAUUUGCUAAUCAAAUUGUAGUAACUAUUUUAUCUCUCGGACCAAAUUGUCCAGUAAAUUGAUUAUUUGUGCACAUCUUUACCAAUGACUCUUGUCAGUCUAAAUGUCUAAACAAAAGCUAUACAAUCAAAUGAAAAAAAAGAACAAUUUAAUCAUUUAAA